CUUUUCAACAAUGGCCGAGACGAUAUAUAGUUUUGGCUUCUCUGCUUAAUGGGAAGCAUAGAGCUCUUUGAAGACGAUGACAACAAGAAGAAGAACCCUUUGCUCGACUCCUUGAGAAGAGGAAGAUUUAGAGUUUCUUCUCUACCGGGGAAAGUCAACAUAACCGGCUCUCGGGGCCCAUUGCUUCUAUCCUGAAAGCUUUCUACCAGGUUUGACCAAGCUUAGAGAUUUGGGAUAAAAUUUGAUUUCGAUCUCUUUAGCCUUCAAAAUACCUGUAGAAGUGAUUGUUUUCCUACUGUGGAAACAUUCUGAGUGCAACGUGCGAGAGAUGAUGGCUUGUUUCUUGCGAAAGAAACGGUUUAUGAAAGGUAAACUCUCAUGGAGGUCCAAGAAGAGAGAUUCGUCUCCUAACCGUAACUGGGCACAAGAAGACGACGAUAUUGAUGGCAAAAUCGUAUUCUUUGGAGGAAGUAACUAUACCUUUGAUUUGGAUGAUCUGUUAGCUGCGUCUGCAGAAAUUUUGGGGAGAAGUGUUUGUGUUACAACCUAUAAAGUAGCUGUGGAGGACACGGUCACAGUAGUAGUGAAGAGAUUGGAGGAGGUGGUUGUGGGAAGAAGAGAGUUUGAGCAACAAAUGGAGAUCGUUGGUAGAAUCAGGCAUGAUAAUGUAGCUGAGCUUAAAGCUUACUACUAUUCCAAAAACGACAAGCUCGCUGUCUACAGCUACUACAGUAAAGGAAACCUAUUCGACAUGCUGCACGGAGAUAAAGGAGGGAACCGAGUACCUUUAGAUUGGGAGUCUCGGUUAAGAAUCGCCAUAGGUGCAGCAAGAGGGUUGGCUAUUAUCCAUGAAGCAGACGACGGGAGGUUUGUCCACGGGAACAUCAAAACCUCCAAUAUCUUCAUCGACUCGCAAUGCAACGGCUGCAUCUGUGAUCUAGGCUUAACACCCAUAAUGAGAUCUCUCCCUCAGACUAACUUACGUUCUUCGGGUUACCACGCACCUGAGAUAACAGACACAAGGAAGUCCACACAGUUCUCAGAUGUAUACAGCUUCGGGGUGGUGUUACUAGAGCUCCUAACAGGGAAAUCUCCAGCGAGUCCGCUAUCACAAGACGACGACGAGGAAAUCAUGGACUUGGCGAGCUGGAUAAGGUCGGUGGUGUGGGAAGAGUGGACAGGAGAAGUAUUCGAUACUGAGCUAAUGAGGCAAAUGGGUAUACAAGAAGAAAUGGUGGAGAUGUUGCAAAUAGGUUUGGCUUGUGUUGCAUUGAAACCUCAAGAUCGACCUCAUAUAACACAUGUUGUACAAAUGAUACAAGACAUUCCAACACUUUGAUGAUACAAAAAACUUCAAUUCUUUUAAAGCAUUUGUUUCGAUCAUUACUUAUUUAAAAUUCCCAGAGUCGAUUUCACAAAUAUAUCAUAAGCUAAACAAACUGAGUCAAUACAGAACCAUAGAGUAGAGGAAGUAUUCAGAAACUAACUAGCUACUGAAUAAAAGAAGAUUCUGCGAAUCGAAGAACACGCGUAGAUAGAUAUAAUAAAGGCAAACCAGGAAAUGAUCGGAUUCGAUUCGGAUUUGG